UAUCGCUCCACAGGUGCUAAAGUCAGUGACCACACAGGCACGGGAAAACUCCUCAGGAGCAUCAAUUUGUGUCGAUCCCACCGCGCCAGUGUCGUAAAUCACCGAAUUCCUCACUAUCCGACCAGAAGAAAUGGCGACUUCAACAAUCCUGCCUGCAUUCCUCCUCCUGGCCAUUGUCUUAUCUGUGACGCGCUGCGACACGAGCCAGGACGACUUCCAGGCCGCCGAUAUGAAGAGUGACGAAUCAAAUGUUUUCCAACCCUUUGGCUCUGUCUUCGGCACAGCAAUCAAGAGGCCCUUCUUCGUGGGGAGUCGCUACGGGAGAUCCCAAUUCUACGGCCCGAAAGCCCUGCGGCAAGUCAACGUGGCGCCGCGCAAUGAUCGCUUCUUCCUGGGCUCGCGGUACGGCAAGCGCUCGCAGGAGCUCAUGACGACCCUGUCGGAUCAGAACUUCUCGGCGGCUUCCAAUGACGCCUGGCUCAUGUGCAUCUACACCGGCAUCUCCAACCUGUACAGAUGCAACGGGAAUGAGAACAGCAACCUCAGCGAGGGCGCAGAGUAAAAGGGAUACACAAAGGCGGUGACCGGGAGGACACAGGGAGGAAACCCGCAAGAGAUUUAAUUUAAUAAUAAACUAAUUUAAUUACAAUAUGCAGAAUACGUACAUGUAAAAUUGUUAGUCCGUUGAGUAAUGUAUAAAAGAGCACACUUUUCUUUCGUCCCCCAUCAAUUAUGAUUGUUGCCAUUUUACGUAUGGGAAAAUUAUGGCUGGAAAUUUUUACCAUACGCUCUCAUCAGUGUUGAAUAGACAGAAAGAAGAAUACAAUUUUAGCCGCAGUUUAGUCAUUGAAUUCGUUGUGCAACACGCUCUAAAAGACAAGCUGAAAGUUUGCCUCGAAUCCUAAUAAAGAAAAGACCUAAAAUAAAUGCUAAUCACUGUAUUUAAUCAAUCUAUUUAAAAAAUGUAAUUUAAUUGAAGGCAAGUUGAUGAAUAAAAAAAUCCCUUUAAAAACAUAUUUUUUUGCAUGGGAAAACAAUUUCGCUCAGCACUGCAGAAUGCACUCAAUCACACCCCCACCAACCAAACACACCAUUGUGGCCUCUCGUGAAAGGGAAAUCUUCCCUGGAGGAAAAUUGAUUUUGCACCUCCUUCCACUCCGCCAGAGAAUCAUACUUUAUUGCUCCAACUUUUACUUUUCCCUUCAACAUCGCGGAAAAAUGGACUUUUUUGCUCGCUUGUGGUGUCUUAAAUUUGAUUUCGUGCCUCUGUCUUAAAGGAGA